UAAGAACUUUCAGUAUUGUUUGUUUGUUGUAGAGAUCCAGAAAUUCCAGUGUCAACUAAGCAGAGACACCAACCCUCGUCUAGCUGCUUGGGAAAUAACCCCGCUCAAAGCAACCCUGACAGAACCUGAGACCCGGAGAAGUCCUAAUGGCUUUCAGUCUGGGGUGGAAAGCUCCCAGGAGCCAAUGGAGUUUCCUGCAGGCUGUGAGCCGUGGGUUCCCCCUGCUUCCCCGGAGGGCAGUGGGGAGCUGUUUGGACCCUAAGAUGAAAGCCUGCCUGGAGGAGCACACAGAAGUCACCAACAGUGGCAGCCUCACCCCUGAAAUCCAGUUACGGCUUUUGACCCCCAGGUGUAAGUUCUGGUGGGAAAGGGCUGACCUGUGGCCCUACAGUGAUCCUUACUGGGCAAUCUAUUGGCCAGGAGGCCAGGCCCUGUCAAGGUAUCUUUUGGAUAACCCUGAUGUUGUUAGAGGGAAGUCUGUCUUAGAUAUUGGGAGCGGAUGUGGUGCUACAGCCAUUGCUGCUAAGAUGAGUGGAGCUUCAAAGAUAUUGGCCAACGACAUAGACCCCAUUGCAGGAAUGGCGAUUACACUGAACUGCAAAUUAAAUGGACUGAAUCCUUUUCCCGUUUUAACCAAAAACAUUUUGAAUAUCCAACAAGUUAAGUUUGACAUCAUUGUUCUUGGAGACAUGUUUUAUGACGAAGAGCUUGCAGACGGUCUUCAUCUGUGGCUGGAGAACUACUUUUGGGCCCACAGGCCCCAAGUAUUGAUUGGUGACCCUGAGAGGCCCCAGUUCAGCGGGCACAGCAUCCGGCAUCAACUGCACCAAGUAGGAGAAUACGCACUCCCAGAGUCGACCCAGCGAGACAACAACGGCCUGACCACAAGUGCGGUGUGGGAGUUCCAUCCCUGACUUCCCAGAGUGCUCUCAA